AUGACGACGGAGAGUCUUGACACCAAUAAAAUCAAAGAAUGGCGAUCUAUAAUCACACUCAUUGUUUUUGUCAUGACUAAUGUCAUUGUCCUUUUCCCUUUUCAUGUUCCAGUAUAUGUUCCCCGAAAAUUACACAACGCUUUUCUGGACACCUUAAGUCAUUUGCGAUUGAUCUCGCCAAGGGAGGAAGAUUGUCAGCAUGGUCACCAAGAUGGCGAAAGUAGAAACGUCACGCGUUUCGUUAAAUUGAACUUCCCUUUGAAUUUCGUGACAGCACCUUUGAUAGCAGAUCUCUUUCUACUCGCUAUCUUGGCAAUCGGCCGACAAGAAGUACACGAUGGGACAGUUGGGGCAAACAGUAUCAAUCCGAUUGAUAUUAUGGUUUUCUUCAUUACCCUAGCAUAUAUUGCCAUUUCGAUCGAUGCUUCUGGUCUCAUCAGAUAUUUAGCAUUCAAAGUGCUUCAAAAGGGAGGUAAAGUUGGACAUAGACUGUUCUUCUUCCUUUACGCAUUCUUUUUCUGCCUGGGGGCCUUCAUCGGAAAUGAUCCCAUUAUUCUGUCUGGUACUGCAUUCCUUGCUUACUUGACCAGAGUAUCGAGUAAUAUUAUUCACCCAAGAGCAUGGAUCUUCACUCAGUUCGCAAUCGCCAAUAUCGCCUCGGCUAUUCUUGUCUCUUCUAACCCAACCAAUCUUGUUCUAGCUGGCGCAUUCGGUAUCAAAUUUAUCAAUUACACAGCGAACAUGAUCGUUCCAGUAGUCGCAACAGCGAUCGUUUUAUUCCCAUUCUUACUAUAUAUCGUCUUUGCUGAUGAGGCUUUGAUUCCACUUUCGAUCAAAAUGCACGAGCUCUCCGAGGAAGCCAAGGCCAGGAAGCCUGUAAAUCCGAAUAUUCCUAAUGCUAAAGGAAGUUCCGGUGAGGAACAGGAGAAUGAGCCCUCAGAAGAUAAACAACUUUCUCUUGAGGAAAUUAUGAAUCCUUUUGUCGAUAAAAAAGGCGCAGCAUUUGGAGCUAUUCUCAUGGCUAUAACACUUAUUAUGGUUCUGGUUCUCAAUGCUAUUAGUCAGAGCAAAGGCGAGUAUCCAGUGUUCUGGGUAACUUUGCCAGCGGCCUUUGUGAUGUUUGUUUGGGAGAUUUCAUUAGGGUGGAUUAACCGACAUGAAACACGCGAGAUCGCUCGCAAUGGAAGACACGAGGUCGAACUUGCCCGAGCUGAGCGAGCGAUCAGAGAAGAGCAAGAAGCGAGUCAAGUCAUUUUGGAACAAGAGAAGCGAGAUAUUCAAAGUCCGAAUGGAGCUUCUUUAGGGCUAACAAAAUCUCCCGAAGAGUUCGAGAUGAAGCUAUUGGAAGGCGAAAAUGGCCCAAGGAAUAGCCAAACCCCCACGCUUUUGGUAUCGGAAAGUUUCAAUGAGCAAACCCCAAAACCGAGUGAUCCCUUGGACUCAUCCAUCUCAACCCUUGUUCCAACAGAAGACAAUUUGCAAAACAGUCGCUCUUCGACCAGUGCAAUGAGCACACUAGAUGAGAAGAAGGAAUCAAAGCUUGCGGAAUCUCCUGCUUCCCCACCAGGAGUAUUAGUUCCGCGGAUAAGCCAUGGAUCGGAGUCGAAUGACCGAGCAAUAUCCGAGAAAGCUUCCCGCAAGGUCGAAUUUCAAAAGCAGCGUGGACGUUCAACAUUAGUUUCGCUCUUCGGCGAGGGAUAUCUAUGGUGCCAAGAAACAUUUCCAACUGUCACAGCAGUAGUAGCUCAUCUUCCCUUCGCCCUUGUUCCAUUUGCCUUCUCAAUGUUCGUUCUCGUACAAGCAUUAGUGACCAAAGGAUGGGUUCCAGUAUUCGCUUACGGCUGGGAUCACUGGGUUGAUAAGACCGGUACUAUUGGGGCUAUUGGCGGUAUGGGAUUUCUCUCCUGUAUUCUCUCUAACUUCGCAGGUACAAACAUCGGCACUACAAUCCUUCUCUGUCGCAUAAUCCAAGCAUGGCAAGAGAUUCAUCGUGACAAUGGUCUUCCUAUCAGCGACCGCACUUUCUGGGGAACAGUAUAUUCGAUGGCUGUUGGUGUAAACUAUGGUGCAUUUAGUACGGCGUUUAGCGCAUCGCUGGCUGGCUUGUUGUGGAGGGAUAUUCUGGCAAGGAAACAUAUUCAUGUUAGAAGGCUAGAUUUUGCAAGAGUAAAUUUACCGAUAAUCGCUAUUUCGAUGGCGGUAGGGUGUGCGGUACUUGUUGGACAGAUCUAUGUGGUGAGGGGUAAUGGUCGUUAUGAUGCGUGA